GAGAGAGGCUGCCGGGGCCUGCAGGGCCUUGAGCAGCUUUUGGACUACAAUUCCCAUAAUGCAGUCUGAGGGAAGGUUGGGCCGAGUCACUGGAAACUGACCUUUGGGAGGAGAAGUGGUUUUGCACUGUUUUCCUGGCUGGGCUGGAGAUGAACAGGAUGGUCCGAGCUGCAGCAGUUCCAGUGGUGGCCAGAGGUCAGCAGUUAGGCAGCCACCAUGGUCAGGGGCUGGGGGAGUGAGGACUGCUGGGGCCUGGCAUCCCUCGAUCAAUAGGUGGGCCCUGUCCGGGGCCCCUCCAGCUUCCGGGGAAUCUGGCUAAGGGCAGUGCUUUACCUGCCCGCCCCCUUCUCGGAGCACAAGCCAGGUUAAAGCAGGGUUAUGGCGGCUGAUGUGCAUAAGAAGAAAAGCUGGGAAACCACCAAUGGUACCUUGCUCCCCUCCGAUGGACAGAGCUCAGAGCGGUCAGAGAGCCCGACUCCAGGCCUGGCCCAGGGAACAGAACCAGGGGCCGGCCAGGAAGGUGCCAUGUUUGUCCACGCCCGUUCUUACGAGGACCUGACAGAGUCUGAGGAUGGGGAAGCCGCAGGGGGCAAUCCUGAGGAAGGAACCGGUGCCCAGCCUCGGGCCACGGCAACGGACAUGCGGCAGAUCAGCAAAGACUUCAGCGAGCUGAGCACACAACUGACUGGUGUGGCCCGGGACUUGGAAGAGGAGAUGCGCCCAGAGCCUGAGGACCGUCUCGAGUCUUCAGGACCUGGGGAACGAAAGGCCUCAGAACCCCCCAGGGAGGGAGAGGCUGGGGACGGGGAUGAGGAGGAUGCGGCUGAAACAUGGCGGCUGCACCAGAAGCACAUCUUUGUGCUAAGUGAGGCAGGGAAGCCUGUUUACUCCCGCUAUGGCUCGGAGGAGGCACUGUCCAGCACGAUGGGGGUCAUGGUGGCUUUGGUGUCCUUCCUGGAGGCUGACAAGAAUGCUAUUCGCUCCAUACAUGCAGAUGGCUAUAAGGUGGUGUUUGUCCGCCGGAGCCCCCUGGUGCUGGUGGCUGUGGCCCGCACACGCCAGUCGGAGCAGGAGAUCGCCCAGGAGCUGUUAUACAUCUAUUACCAGAUCCUCAGUCUGCUCACCUGGACCCAGCUCAAUCACAUAUUCCAGCAGAAGCAGAAUUAUGACCUGCGUCGCCUGCUCUCGGGUUCUGAGCGUAUCACCGACAACCUGCUGCAGCUCAUGGCCCGGGACCCCAGCUUCCUGAUGGGGGCCGCCCGCUGCCUGCCCCUGGCAGCUGGCGUGCGGGAUGCUGUGAGCACCAGCCUGCAGCAGGCCCGGGCGAAGAGCCUCGUCUUUUCCAUCUUGCUAUCCCGGAACCAGCUGGUGUCUCUGGUGAGGAAGAAGGACCAGUUCCUUCACCCCAUCGACCUCCACCUUCUCUUUAACCUCAUCAGCUCCUCAUCCUCCUUUCGAGAAGGAGAGGCCUGGACGCCCAUCUGCCUCCCCAAAUUCAACUCAGGGGGCUUCUUCCACGUGCACAUCUCCUACCUGGAGCCAGACACGGACCUGUGCCUGCUCCUGGUCUCCACUGACAGAGAGGACUUCUUCACAGUCUCAGACUGCCGCCACCGUUUCCAGGAGCGGUUGAAAAAGCGUGGUGCCCAUCACAUGCUGAGGGAGGCAUUACGCACCCCCUUCUACAGUGUGGCCCAAGUGGGCAUCCCAGACCUUCGCCACUUCAUCUACAAGUCCAAGAGCUCUGGGCUCUUCACCAGCCCAGAGAUCGAGGAUCCAUAUGCAAGUGAGGAGGAACAGGAGCGACUGUUAGGCCUUUAUCAGUACCUCCACAGCCGUGCCCACAAUGCCUCCCACCCCCUCAAAACCAUCUACUACACAGGACCCAAUGAGAACCUUCUGGCUUUGGUGACAGGAGCCUUUGAGCUGUAUAUGUGCUACAGUCCCUUGGGUACCAAGGCGUCCGCCAUUAGUGCUGUGCACAAGCUGAUGCGGUGGAUCCGAAAGGAGGAGGACCGGCUAUUCAUUCUCACUCCUCUGACGUACUGACGGACACUGAGGACAGUUGGGACUCCCACAUCCCAUGGAGGGGCCGGACUGGUGGGGAGUACAGAGGGAGGCUGGGAGGGCUGGGGAUCUUCUGGGCUUGGGGGGACGAUACCUGGAUUUUGUGUUCGCAUUAAAGAGUGGAUAUCUGAAGCCA